CCGAGGAACAGAGUGACCAUUCGUUGACUGGAUCAUUCUAUUCUAGGGACUGGAUCAUUAAAGCCGCUGUGAAAUGGAGGAUGAAACUGAAUUGUUACAAAAUAUAUUUACUAAAGAAAAUAGCGAUUUUAUGAACCAGUUCCUUCACGCCUGUGUCGACGAAAUAUGCGGGCGGAAACGGGUGACGUUUCAACAGUUUACCAACAGCGUCGAAUGCACCGAGAAUGAGUUCAAAACUGCCCGUCAGUUUAUUUUCGAUUUGUUAAGAAAUCCGGCACUACUGUAUCUUGAAGAUGAAAGGAUGCCGCAACGAUACGUUGAAGCGCCUGCUGAAUUACAACUUGCAAUACGCAAAUGUGUAAAUAUACGAAGAGAGCAACUGCUUAAGGCACUAUUGAGGGAGCAUUCCAUCAAAAAUGGAACGACAUUGCUCGACUUUGACUGGAGAUUAAAGUGGGUUAUGGGAUCAAGCAAAUUGGCCACGUUGAAGGAACCUCUUCUGCAGUUGGAUCUCAUCAUUGAAGAUAGCAAAAGUCAGCGAAUCCUCGAUCUUGAAUUGAACAGAGAUGAACUAGAUACGUUGAUAAAUACGUUGGAGGAAGUGGGAGGAUGAUUU